AUGCGACACCCCGGAGAAUGGAUGAUUACUGCAAUAUCUUUGUUACAUACUUCAAUUUAUAUUGAAAGAAGUUUGGCGACCAAAUAUAAGCACGCCUAUGAAAAGUGUGGCUGUUUCCUCGGAGCGAUUAUUACUGUUGUUGUGGUAAGUUUAAACAGUUUAAUUCUUUUGUUGGGAUCUCUCGAUUAUAUGCAGUUACUAUUUUCAGUGGACCUUAACAGUUGUAUUUAAUUAUGUGGCCUACACAGUUGAAUGGGACGAGUAUUUGAGGCUGAACUCGUAUUGCAUUGGGGUUACAACUCACAACAUGGAAAAGAUCCGGAUAUUGUUAGGUUGCGUUUUGGUGAUGGACAUUCUUGUGACGAUUGGUGAAUGGAGAUUAACAGCAUACAAUAAAAAGUCAAAGUAAGUGCAACAAAACGUAUCAUAAAAUUGUGGAGGAUGACUUUCAACGGUCCUUUGUGGUUGGGUGACCGGGUGACGAAAGCGACGAAUACUUUGUCAACGAUUGGCCAGCUCGCCUCAACAAAGAUUGUUGAAUAUUCUCCCAUGCUGCUAGCUAUUUUGUAGUAACCUAUUACGGCGUUGGCAAUAGAAGCAUGGAAGAUUUGAACAAAAUAAUAUGUAGGGCCUUUUAUUGCGGGUUUGCGUUAUAAAAAUAAAGGAGUUUCAUUUUGUUUACAUAUCAGACAUUUCUUAAUCAAAAAACAUUACAUGGAAUAUACGCAGUUCUCCGGAGACAUGACUCGUACCAACCGUAACUUUUUCAGAGUCUUCAUCAACUACAGUUUGAGCCGGUCCUAUCAGCAAGGCGAGAACUAUCUGACAGUCCGUCUAACAGCUCCAAUUUGUCUCCUGCACUCCUGUUUCUUCACUUUGUUUCUGAUUAUUCACAUAUCCGUUAGAGUCCUUAUGUCAUAUUCAGAUGGGCCAAUUCGAUAUAUUACAUGGUUACUAAUGUCUCAUAAUGUAAGUUUAAUUAAGAGAAUUAGAAGCUAUUUCGUGCGAGGCAAGAAGUGUUCUAUUGCAGAUGUUCGUGCUCUCACUAUCGGUGUGUUUGGCCAUGUAUAUCUAUAAAGUGAGAUGGAUCCAAGAGACGAAAAAACCAAAGGACUUGCAGUGGCAGAAAGAUUCUCAAGCCAGCAUUUAUUUUACUCAGUUCCAAAAGCAGAUCAUGUAAAAAAUUGUUUUUGUUAAAGCGUACGAAAUACCUCUUGUUCAAGAGUGCACCUCCAAAUAAAUUAAGUAUUGAUGCCUUUGUUAACUAAACUUAUCUAUGGUUAAGGAUGGCUGGCAAAGCCUUUACCGUAUCAUGCACCACCUCCGACUAAUUUAGACACAAUUAUCGAGUUCAAGCAGUUGUAUUAUAAAUUUUUAUGAGCAAAACUGUUCAAAUAAACACUUUGUUGUACUUUGAAGUUGUUCAUUUUAUAAUGAGCUGAAGAUGAAGUAGUUUUGUCUGUUUGUAUGUAUAUUAACGAAUGACCGACAUCUGUCUCCUCGUCACAAAUGGAUUAUCACGUGAAUGCUCAUUUCAUGCAGCUUGCUAAACAAAUAAAAAGGCAGAUCGUCAAUGGCCGCUUGUUGCGUCGUGAGUGCUGUAUGUGCUGUAUGAUACUCAUUACGUACUCACAAUACGGAAUGAAAAAGCUUUUUGCAGCAUACGUUGCAAACUUGUUAGAAAAAAUUUAACCUCAAAGUACUUGCAAUACGUAGCUGGUAGAAGCGCCUCAAUGAACUUUGGUAUACGUCUUAGACUACAUAAAGGGAAAGAGUUGAAAUAAAGCGAGGAAGAAAAAAAAUCAAAGGUGCCCUCCGCAUAAAUGAAUUGAAACUUUCACUAAACACUUGAACUUGUACCGAGUGAAUAUAUUACAUUCUGUUGCGUGCUAAUUUUUAAAUCAUGUUUAAGAAUAUUAUAAUGGGCUUAGGGAGAAUUCAUCGAAUGAGACAGAUGCGCUUACAUCGAUGACAGAUGUUACUUUCAAACCGCAAGUAUUCAACUCUAGAUGCUUUUCGUGGAAAAGUCAGUACACGAACACUUUGUUCACAAGGCUUUGCGCAACUUAGAACCGCGAGGACAAGUCGUAUCUACGGAAUUUUUUGACAGUCACAUUUCGAUGUUUAGGGGGUUCCGAAAAGCGCGCUAUAUUUUCUGGAUCCCCAUUGUUUCACAAUUAACGUUAUCUUACACUCAGACUUAAGGAAGUGAUUAUUUAAUGAAGCAACGUUGGCCCAAAGGUGAAAGCAUUCCUUCCGCAGCUGUUGUGGCACAUUCUUAAUUUAUUACUGGUAAACAGUUUGUAAUGCAAGUCCAGCUACAGUGGCUUGAUUAUACUUUUUGAGGCCUAUCAAAUUUGAUACCGGACACCGUUUAAAAAAUAACUGCUGGGAUAAGGUGUUCGUAUUUGCAUAGAGCUAAUUAAUUUGUUCUACUUUACACUCUGUUUAUUGGAAAUUUCAUGACUUUGAAAAAUUGCUGUAAUAAUUAGCGAAAUUGAGCUAUUUGACGUUCUUAAUCUCGCGAAUUAAAUAGGACGCUAAUUUCAGUCCAAUGAGUGAUGAUCGUCGCCAAGAACUGUGCGAUAGAAACGCGAUCUUCUACACCAACUCUUUGUUCGUGUCCUUCGAAGCCUUUACAGCACUCUGUACUCUUCCCGCAUUGGUUAUGUUGGUUUGUAUCGGAGUAUUUAGGAUUAUACCAUUGGUGCAUAUCAACUUCAAGGUAAGUUUUGGAGCGUUUUAUGUGACACAAGAUGACUACCCCAAGAAUCUUUCUAUUUUUGUCAGUAUGGGGACAUUAUCCGUAGACUUGAAAUUAGGAUCUUUACUUGCUACGGACUUAUAUACAUAUAUUAAUCCGGUCAGUAAAGAACAAUGUCUUGGCCUAGAGCAUUCUUUGCCGUUAACAAGUGAAUACCAGACUGAGAAGAGUUAAAUGCUCCUUUACGAUAUAAUGUUUAGAUUCUUAUGUUCAACACCUACAUUGCAAUAUCAAUAUACAUGAUUUCCCAUAUUCUUCCGAAUCUCCGGACCUUUUUUUACCACUUCUUCCGUCCGGGCGAUUGCAAUGUCGUUAUGUCUUUCGGAGAAUGCGCGGCAUUAAGACACCCUGGAGAUUUUAUGGUCGCGGCAAUAUCUUUGUUACAUACCUCGGUAUUUGUGGAGAGGGUAAUGGCGACACGGUUUAAAGAGAUUUACGAACAUUGCAAAGGGUAUUUGGGAGCAAUACUUACAGUGAUCGUGGUAAGCCAAGAUUCGAAGUCAGCUUCUCGAAGACGCAGUCUUAAAAAUAUCAAUUUUGAAAUAUCCGUGAAUUUAAACUUAAAACGAAGAAAAUACACAAAAAAAGUGUAUCCGCCGCAAAUUGCAACACCUGUUCUUAUUAUUUCAGUGGGUUCUGACCUUCGUCCUAAAUGCGUUAGUCUACAGAUUGGACUAUCAAAAAUACUCGUCACUCAACUCCUACUGCUUAGGGAUCACCACUGAAAAUCAGGAUCCUGUCCGCCGAUUACUAUAUUUCAUUUUAGCACUGGAUGUGUUAGUGACGAUUGGAGAACGAAUAUUGGCUGCUAUGAAUAAAAAUUUACAGUAAGACAAGAGCUAAGAGUCAUUAAACACUGGUUCAGAGCAUAUCAAAACUACACAUUGAGCCGGUCGUAUCAACAGGCGGAAAAUUACUUUACAAUCCGAAUAAUGGCUCCGAUUUCCACGGUACAUUCAACGUUUUUCACUCUAUUCUUGAUUAUUCAUAUUGCGGUCAGAAGUUUAAUAGUCUACAAGGACGGACCUGUUACCUUUGUGACAUGCCUUCUGAUGUCUCAUAAUGUAGGCAGGAAAUGUAAAAAAUGUUAGAAACUGAAACCUAUUACCUUUUUAGAUGUUCGUAUUAUCCCUCACCUUAUGCUUGGCAAUAUUUAUUCGUAAAGUUCGGUGGGCAUGCAAUCAACGUCGAUUGUUCCACCUCAAAUGUGAAAAGCAUCAACAUUCUGCUGUCUACUUUAAUCAGUUACAAAAACAAUUGAAUAAAGAAUAG